AUGCCACAGCUACCAGCAGAACGAGUACAGCAGUCUCAUCCAUUUCAGUACAUCGGCCUCGACUAUCUCGGCCCAUUCAGCGUCAACAUCAGCAGUACAACACAGAAGGUAUGGGUGUGCCUCUUCACCUGUAUGGCAACCCGUGCGGUUCAUUUGGAAGUAGUGAUGGGAUUAACAACGGCCCAGUUCGUCAACUGUUUGAAACGAUUCAUUGCCAGGCGAGGACGACCUGACAAGAUCAUCUCAGACAAUGCGCCACAGUUCAAGCUGGCACAGACGUACCUCGAUCAGAAGUGGAAAAAGAUCCUAACCUGCCCUGAGCUGGCCUGCUACCUUGCAGAACGAAAGGUAACCUGGGUUUUCACCACUGAGUUUGCACCGUGGCAAGGCGGUUUCUAUGAGCGACUAGUUGGUCUGGUGAAGCGAGCUUUCCACAAAGCCAUUGGCCGCAGUCGAUUCACCUACGAGCAGUUCAACACAAUCACAACGGAAGUUGAGGCAAUGCUCAACGCACGCCCAUUGACGUAUGUACCGUCAGAGUCGACAGAUGGAAUCAUCACGCCAAACCACUUCAUUGCCCCAACUCGCUCACUGGGACUUCCUGACGAUAUCCAGUCAGAUGACUACAUGCCCCAACGAGAUCCAGUCGCUACUAUUACGUCGCUGCAGAAGAAGCAGCAAGCUGCACUGGACACGUUCUGGAAGUUGUGGAGAGAUGACUAUAUCCUUGCACUUCGCAGCCGACAGCCAAUCAACCAUCGUCUCAGGAGGAGCCGAACCACUGAUCCCAAGAUUGGCGACAUGGUCAUGAUCAAGAACGACCAGCUACCACGUGGAAUGUGGAAGAUGGGAAAAAUCAGAGAACUGCAUGACAGCGCGCAGGACGGCAAGACUCGUUCGGCGACAGUACAGACGACCAACUCCAUCCUGAACCGACCGAUCAACCACCUCUACCCGCUAGAAGUGACCGCAAUGGAGGAGAAGGAGAACACUGAUGUCAUCGACAACGGCAGCACUGAUGUCAUCGACAACGGCAGCACUGAUGUUGCUAGCAGCAGGCCUCAGCGCAUGGCCGCCCAGAAGGCAAAGGAAAGGCUCAAUGCACAAAUGCAGGCUGAGCUGGUGUCUGUAGCUUUCACCUUUGUUUCUACGUAUGUAUGUAUGUAG